GUAGAUGCUGAAUUUAUGAGAAUGGGCGAAUGGGCUUUCAUAAAAUCUUGCUUAAAUAUAGAAGCAGCACAUAUUUAUAGUGAGUGCAUUGCAUUGAAUCACUCCAAUGGAGACCCCAUUGUCAUUUGUCGAUCUUCUUCCCAUAUUCACUUUAAUUUCGUCUUAAAUGCUGGAUAAUAAAAGGUCAAAACAAGAUCCUCCCUCCAUAUUCAACCAAAAUAAAUGGAACCACUUCACCGUCGUACGGAAUCCCAAUAUCCUCUAAUAUCCACCAUUGUUACCCUUUAUACUAUCAUUUUCAUAUACUUCCCAACUAUUGCUGCUUCUCCACUAAUCAUCUCCACCUCUGUUUUAUUACUUUCUCUGCUCAGACUCGGUGCAGCUCAGAGAAUUUCACGGAAGAAAUCCGAAUCCGAGGUCCGGCCAUCGCAAGUUCCGCCUGAUUUUGGUUACCAUUAUGAUAGCACCAAGUGUGAAAAUGAUUCUGAUCCUGAUCCGAUACAGUUGCAUGACGAAGGUUUCAUCAUGGACUCCUCCAACUGUGAAAAGGAUUUGGUGUUUGACCCGGAUUCGGAACGGAGAAUAUUUCAUGCCGACGAAUCCAGUGUGGACUCGAAUUGUGAAAAGGAUUCUGUGUUAGACCCGGAACCGGAACCGAGACCGUUUUAUGGGGACUGCUUUGUGGAGUGGAAUGUGAGGGCGCCAUUGGAGGUGAUAUACGAAGCGUAUGAAGGAGAAGAAGAAGAAGAAGACGGGGAAUAUACAGAGGAGAAGAGAGACAAAGAGUUGAGGGUUAUUGAGAGGUAUGCUUCGUUGUCGAUGUACUACCCGGAAACAGACACGGAUACGGACAGUUCGUCGGAUGGGGAUUCACCGGUCAUCGGAAACUGGGAUUCGCCGGAGAAUGUGUGUUUCCAGUGGGACGACGAAGAUAGAGAAGAGUUGAUAGAGAUUGAAUUGGAUUGCAAGAGAAAUAGAGAAGUAGAGGAAGAGAAUCUGAUCGAGAUUGAUCUAAGUCCGGCGAAUUUCCCGGUGAGAUGAUUCGUCGACGGGAAACAUAGUGUUGGGUUUUAGGAUGGGGUUAACUGUAAUUAACUAAUUUUAACGAUAUAAAAGAGGCUUUCUAGGUUUUUUCCCCCCACUUUUCACUGUUUUUCUUCUUUUCCGAUUUUAGGAAAAAGCCUAAAAAGAGGUUAGUGUGUGGUUUUGCGUAAUUAAAGUGUGUAUUAAGCCCUUAACCCAAUGAUUUAUUGAUGUGUUAAAUGACCAAAAAGACCUCAAAAUUUUUAUUUUUCUAGUUCAAUUGAUUUACAUAUACAAA